AAAACCAACACGGAAAAAAUGCAAAAACAAGUAGAAAGGUAAAUUAACAUUUACCAUUUUCUACUCGACCACCCCGCAUACGCUUUUUGUAUUCCUCAUAUAACGUAACGCUGUUUAAGUUAAACUUAGAUACUAGUUAGCUUAAUGUAACCUGACCUGGAAGGCGACCGGCCGGAGUAAACAUAGCAGGCUUUAUCGAGUGAAGGCGAUAGUUAAACGAUUUUAUUCACCGCAAACCAUGACUUGUGCUGCGGACGAAGACGACCCGUUUCCCGCGGACGACUGUCUGUUUGCCGAAACGUUUUCUCAGGAAAAUCAGUAUAUUUUGGCCGGUGAGCAGCUGAAGAUAAGACAGGUGUUCGGUGCCAACCUCGGCGUGGCUGCCCCGGUCUGGGAAGCUGCGUUACACUUGUGCCGUUACUUGGAGGAGCAGAGUGUGGAGCUGGGAGGAAAGCGCAUCAUAGAGCUGGGAGCAGGGACCGGUGUGGUCGGGAUUUUGGCAGCACGCCUCGGUGCAGCUGUGACCCUCACAGACCUUCCUCUGGCUCUCCCACAGCUUCAGGCCAACGUCUCAGCUAACAUGCCGCCCAGUGGUUGGCCUUCACUUCCUCCCACUGUCCUCCCUCUGUCCUGGGGUGAGGACCACAUGAACUUCCCAUCUGACUGGGAUCUGGUGCUUUGUGCAGAUAUCAUUUACCUCCCGGAGACAUAUCCACUGCUGGUGGAGACACUAACUCAUUUGUGCAAGAAUGGUGCUGUGGCAUAUUUCUCAUCCAAGAUGCGAAAAGAGCACGGGACUCCUGGUUUCUAUGACGAGUGUCUGCCAAGCAGAUUUAAAGUGGAGCUUGUCCACCGUGAUGACAAACAAAACAUUAAUAUCUACCGGGCAUCACUAAGAACAGACCAGUGAAAGCAGGGACAGCUGUUUACAGGCAGGAGACCUGGAUUAGUUACUGUACUGAGUAAAGUUUCUUGGGUUUUAAGUGAAUUAAAAAAAAAAAAAAAAGCAGUGACUGUUCUGUAAAAUGAAGCUGUCAGAAAGUACAGUGUGUUACACUUAAUUUGUAUACUCUUAUAAAAAGAGCUUGCCCUCUGUGAAUCCUCUGUAUAAAGAAUUAAGAAAUAUGUAGUAUCCUGUAAUGUAAUA